GCAUCCGGCGCGGCGACUGCGUCUUCCGGCGAAAAGAUGGCGUCGGAGCGUGCUGUGCCGAGUGACUUGUUCCCGCUGGUGCUUGGUUUCUUGCGGGAAAACCAUUUCGAUGGAGCGGCGCGGGCUUUUAAGAAAGCGGCUGGAGUGACUGAGCAAGAUCCAAAUGCUGCUUCUCUCCUUGAUAUCUUCAGUUAUUGGCUAAAAUCACCUAUUGCAAAAAAACAGCAAGCAUUUGCAAAUGGGUCUCCUGCAAAGAAGACAAAGAAAGAAUCCUUAUCUAGAUAUAAAAGUUCCAGUGAAAAUGAAAUCCCUCCAGUCAAAAAACAAGCUGCAAAACCAGUAACUCUGCCCACAAUACCAAUAAAGGCAACUCCAGGUAGUUCUGAGAGCAGCAGUGCUGAUACCAGUGACUCCACAGACUCCGAGCAAGAAGGGAAGAAACCAGCAAAGAAGGGAAUAGUUCUCCAAUCAACCAUUCAAAAAACAAAGCCCCAGAAGACAUCUAAGAGUUCAAGUUCAGAUUCAAGCAGCUCAGAAGAUGAAACUCCAAAGCACCAACCACCAAAGUCAGGAGGAGCCCCAAAAGUCAUAAAACUGGCUUCUCUAUCAGCAAAACCUACCAAUGUGAUGUCCAAAACUACCAAUGGCAAAGCAGAGAGUAGUAGCAGCGGUGGUGACAUGAGUAGUAGUGAGGACUCCAGCUCUGAAGAGAAUCAGCCUGUCAAAGGUAAACUGAAGAAACUUCCACACUGUAAAAACAACACUGCUCAGCCACUUCCGGUUAAAACCAAGCAUGUAAAGAAGAGCAACAGUGAGACUUCUUGUGACAGUUCAGAACAUGAAAAACUAGCCUCAAAGCCCAAGCGUGGAGAGUACUCUGCUGUGCCACCCCCUUUAGCCACAGAAUCAAGGAAAGGCAAAGCACACCUCAUUAAAAAGAUCUUUAAGAAGAAGGGAAAGAAUAAUGAGGAAAAAAAGCAAGUGUUCACAAAGAGACCAUCAACUCAAGGGUCUGUGAUUAAAAAGGCAUUUGCCCUGAAAUCUCUUCCUGUUUCUAUCCAAAAAGGAAAUACUUCUUUAGGGAGUGAUUCAGAGUCUAGCUCUGAAGAAGAAAAGAAAGUUUUGGUCAAAUGCUCUGCCAAAGCUUUUUCAGCAAAUCGUGCUGCUAAAUCAGUUCCAUCCAAGAAAGUGAGCAGUUCCUCUGAUACCUCAGAUUUUGAUAGUUCUGACAGCAUUCCUGAGAAAUUUGCAGUUAGGACAGGCAUAAAUAAAAUGAAGAAACCUCUUGGAGUGCUGGCAAAGAAAGUAGAAAGUAGUGUUGAAGAUAAGAAAGUUCAUAAAAUAAAAGACACAAAGGCUGUCAAAACAACACCGAAAUCCAGCACCCCUGUCUCUAAACCGAAGACUUCUGAGUCAAGCAGCUCAAGCAGUGAAGAACAGACUCAGCCAUCCAAGAAAGCAGCUAACAAACUCUCAGUGGGCAGCAGUUCGAUCACUAGCAAGCAAGCCCCAGCUGAGAUCAGGACCUCUUCUGAGAGUUCCACCAAUGAACAAUUUAAAAUAUCUGAUAAAAGAGAAAAAAAGAGAGGACAAAAUAACUGCAAAAUAGCAAAAAAAGUGUUAAAAACCUCAGCCAACUUUGUGGGCAAAACAUUUGCAUCAAAGACUCCAACAUCUGAAGUACUGAGCUCAGCAAACAGUAGUAAUUCUGAUGAAGAGGCUACAAAGGAAGGCUUAUCAAAAAAAAAGCAGAAAAGGAAAGGUGAACAAGAAUUGGAGACACCAGACAUCAAGAAGUUGAAAGUCAGAAGUCCUCAUACAUUUCCAAAAUCAAAGCAGCAAUCCAGUCCUUUUCGCAGAAUAAGAACAGAAGAAAUAGAAAUAGAUGUGCGAGUAGCUAACAAUUCCUUUGACGCCAAGAAAGGAGCUAUAGAUGACUGGGGUAGAAAAGCAAAUGAUGUUCUAAAGUUUACAAAAGGUAAAUCCUUCCGACAUGAGAAGACAAAGAAGAAAAGGGGAAGUUAUUGCGGUGGCACUAUCUCUACACAGAUAAACUCCAUCAAAUUUGAAAGUGACUAACUUUCCACCACAUUGGGAAGGGGAUCCCAAUUAAAUGAUGAAAUGUCAUGGAUGACUCUUCUACAACCUGUUGUCUUCAUUUCUGAUGGGAGAUGGUUGCCAGUUUUCUAUGUGCUAAUGUGACUCUUAAUGGAGGUGUGGGAUUGAGUCCUUUGGAUUUCUCAGAAGUUUCUAAUUUUGCAUCAUUUUAUGUUACAGCACACUUGAUAACAUGAUAAAUAAACAUACCUUACUUCUAA